GGUUCGUAAUCCAUGUUCAAGUUGAGUUAUUGUUAAUACAGGCAGACACCUGGAAGUCAUUGUUAUAAGAGAGAAACGAAUAAGCUAUUAGCAGAUGUCAAAUAUAAUAUCGUCUGUUUAGCAAUGCUAUUGUAGUAUGCGAUUGAAGAUACGGUUAGAGGAUUGAUAUUAGGGCUGGACAAGGUUGCAUGAUCGUCAUACACCAUGCUUCAAUAUAUAAAAUAACACUGGGGUCUCCCGAAAGGCUAGAUCCGCAGUGGGCUACUUCUCGUCCUUGGUAUUUAAACAAAGAUAUGGACGCCGAGUCGGCAUGAAUAGAGAGAACGAGCGAUCCUAACCCCUUCAGUUCCGGGCAAGCAGAAGAUCAUGGUUUAUCUUACCGUAUCCAGGGCUCUUGUUGGUCUUCUACUUUUUUCGUGCUCGGCGGUAGAAGCCUCUCAAGAUCAUGCUGUAUGCGACCAUAUCAAGACUCAGCUGAACAACGGGACGGUCGAACCAACGUCAGACAUAUAUGAGGCUCUAACUACAGAGAACUGGUCGCAAACGGUUUGGGCGAAGCCAUCAUGCAUUGUCCAACCAUCUAGCGCCGAGGAGCUUUCAUACGUCAUCUCGACCGUGGUAGACUGGAAAGUAAAUUUUGCUAUUCGCUCUGGUGGGCAUUCGGUAGUACCCGGAGCUGCAAAUAUCAAUCAUGGCGUCCUGAUUGACUUGGCGAACUUUAACUCGGUAGAGUAUGAUGCAGAGAAGAAGGUCGCUAUCGUUGGCUCGGGCUUGCGGUGGAAAGAAGUUUACACUUCACUGGAUCAAUAUAACGUAACAGUUGCCGGUGGUAGAGUUUUGGACGUUGGUGUAGGCGGCCUAACACUUGGAGGGGGGCUUUCGUACUUAACCGACCUCUAUGGCUUGGUCUGUGACAAUGUAGUUAAUUACGAGGUUGUGACAUCAGCUGGAGCCAUCGUAAAUGCGAACGCUGAGUCUAAUCCAGAUUUAUUCUGGGCUCUAAAGGGAGGUCUCAAUAAUUUUGGCGUCGUCACUAAAUUCACUCUCAAAACUUACGAUAUCCACGAUGUUUGGGGAGGCGUCAGAGUAUACUCCCUCGAUGCUCUUCCGGCAUUAUUUGAGGCCAUGUAUCAAUAUCAGUCGGUUGAAAAUAAGGAUCCAUACGCCAAUAUCAUGCUCCAAGCUUUCCCCACCAACGCGACAGUCGGUGCCAUACUAAAUAUCGUAUACCUAAAGCCAGAGGAGGAACCAGAAGCAUUCGCGCCUUUCCGCAAUAUCACGCCUCUAGCCGAUUUGACCAAGCUUCAAACAUUGACUGAAUUGAUGCUCGCAGCGCCUUUACCUGAGUUGACACGGGUGAAUUGGUUUAGUGCAAGCUUCACUACAGAUAAGGAAUUAUUCAACAAAGUUGAAGACAUCGUCACUAAGGCUCCAGAGUUAGACGGCCUAAAGAACCUAACUGCAGGUUCUUUAGCAUUCGGCUGGCAGCCAAUUUCUAGCAGCGCCGUGCUCGCAGGGCAAGCAAGCGGCGGCAAUGCGCUUGGGCUGAAACCCGUCAACCAGACAUGGCUCGUUCUUGACGUGGGCUGGUGGUCUCCCAAGGAUGACGGUCUAGCGCACGAUCUUACGCAGAACAUGAUUAGCAAGAUUGACGACGCAUCCAAAGCCAGCGGAAAUUACGUCGACUACAUUUUCAUGAAUGAUGCUGCUGCGGAUCAGCCUGUCAUCGCGCAUUAUGGAGAAGAGAACGUCGCGAAGCUGAAGGAGGCGUCAAGGAAAUACGACCCCAACCAAGUGUUCCAAACUCUAGCCUCGGGGGGGUUCAAGCUACCAAAGUCAUAGGCCGUUCUUCAUAUAAGUAAACUACAAUUCGAAUAUAAUGCUUUGGUGUUGUCUUCUAUGUUAGGUACUCACGUAAAGUUCAGCCUUCAGCAAAUAUGUAGACACCUCUAGCACAUGCUAACUCGGUCCCGAGAACCGCUGGG